CCGCCGCCUCCGGACCUGGGUGCCGCUGCUCCUCCAGUGGGCGGAGCUUCGAGGCGCUCUCCCGUCCACGUGACCGGAGCCAACAUGGCGGCGCCCAUCGGCGUCCACCUGCUCGUCCGCGGAGGUUGUCAGAGAAUUUUCUCUUCGCCACUCAGUCGUCUCUACUUACACCAGCAGUUAGGCAGUCAACGAGGAAGAAAUUUCUUUUUCUGGAGACAAAGGGAUAUCUCCCACAGUGUGGUUUCUCCGGCUGCAGUUUCUCCAGCCCAUCCUGUCCCCAAGCACAUAAAGAAGCCAGACUAUGUGACGACAGGCAUUGUGCCCGACUGGGGAGAUAGCAUAGAAGUGAAGAAUGAAGAGCAGAUUCAAGCGCUUCGCGAGGCUUGUCAGCUGGCCCGGCGCAUCCUCCUCCUGGCGGGGCAGAGUCUAAAGGUUGACAUGACAACUGAAGAGAUAGAUGCGCUGGUUCAUCGGGAAAUCAUCGGCCAUGACGCCUAUCCCUCACCGCUGGGCUAUGGACGCUUUCCAAAAUCUGUCUGCACCUCUGUAAACAACGUGCUUUGUCACGGCAUCCCCGACAGCCGACCCCUUCAGGAUGGAGACAUUAUCAACAUUGAUGUCACGGUCUACUACAAUGGCUACCAUGGAGACACCUCUGAAACCUUUUUGGUGGGGAAUGUGGAUGAAUGUGGUAAAAAGUUAGUGGAGGUUGCCAGGAGGUGCAGAGAUGAAGCAAUUGCAGCUUGCAGAGCUGGGGCCCCCUUCUCUGUAAUUGGAAACACCAUCAGUAGAAGGGGGCAGAGAACACUGGAUUCUUAUUCAAGCAUUCUGUGGCGCUGCGCAUUCACGGCUGUGUCUAAAGGGCAUGUCAGCCUUUGAUUCUCUCUGAGAGAUUGUCAGGCGCCAUCUGCCAUAGCCUCCUUAUGCUGACAGACUCUGAGGACACCCAGGCAACUCGCACUCCCCUGGGGUAGCCAUCCCAAGCCUUGAGGUCCCUCCAGGAGAACAUGAAGUCCUGCUCAGAAACCUAAAGAACAGGAUCAGACCCUUGUCUCUGAACAAGGGUCAGCUGAAAAGGUUUUACAAAGACGGUUUUCUCUGUGCCCUUUGGCUCCGUGACCGACUCCUAGGCCAUGGCGCUAUUGUGCCCGCUCUCUCAGCGUGUUCGCUCUGGAGCAGUCUCUGUACUGUCCAUACGUGUGAGAGGAACAUAAAUGUGCAGCUACAUGCAUCACUAAUGGGUGACAGUUCACUCCAAAAUAAUUUAAACUUAUAGUUGGAGAUGUCAUGAUGAAACUAUCAAUAAAUGGGUUUUUUUAAUGUUUAAUUCAUAAGUAUAUGUUUUGAUAUUAAUUUAGAACAAUACAAAGCAGAUUUUUUUAGAAAAAUAAUCUCUUUCUAUUAGAUUAUGCGCAUUUAAACAAUAAGUGGCUUAGGCAAAAUAAGUCAUUUUAAUGUCAUCUGUGAUGGAUUUUCCUUGACAGCUACUGUAAAUUACAAUUACACUGCGUCUCUCUGCACAUGAAAGUAAGCAUUGCAAUAAAUUAUCUUUUAUUUCAAUCCAUCAUGUCUGCUUUUCAGAAACAGAGAACCUCAAAUAAAAGUUCAGCACUAUUGUAAGAAAAAUACAGUAAUUUGUGAUCCAGCUUGAAACAAAAAAUAAAAUGUCCCACUUUAUUGGAAAACAGUUGUUGGCUUUCAAAAAUAUGACUAAUUGUACUUAAACAUUCCUGUCAUUAGAGGGAAUCUCUGGCUUUGUUCAUCCCUCCAUUCAGAGGCUACUGUUGGGACUGAAAAUCUAGAGAGAUUCAAGUAAAAUUCCAUAACUUAGCAAAUCAGCUGCCUUUUGGGACCCUUCUCUGUAAGAGAUGUGGUCCUUUGGAGACCAGUGCUCUCGGGACGCAUGUCAAAGUGGUAAUAAAAUGUUCUGUGCACAAGCUUAGCUCUUUAACACCGUGUCCUUAAACACAGCACUCCUCUGCCCUCUUGGGGAAUGCAGUUUUAGUAACGUAAGUUACUUGAAAUGUGUUAAGAAAUUCUACUUAUUUAGACAGUAUGUAAAAGGCGUCUAACUGCUUCGAUAAAAGGAAUUAACCUGAAGAAAAAAGUCACAAGAAGCUCCUUAAAGGAAGUCUCUCUUCCACCUACAAACUGGCACUUAGCCAUGAGCAGUCACGACGCAGUGUAACUGAGACUGAGCUACCUUUCUGCGCCCCUCCCUCAGCAUUCCUGCUGAGAGUCAUGCAGUCACGACUGUUGCUCUCACAACCCAGCAACAUCCUGUCUGAGAACUUUAGCUAGAGAAAAUCAGACCUUGAGAGCUAUUUUCUGUAGAUUUCAACAAGGAAAAAGGUUUCAUCUGCGAAAUGUUCAGGGCAAGAAAACCCUUGUGCUGAGACAGCUGUAGUUCUGCCGUGCUCUGGCCUUGGAGAGCAAUUGCCUCCCUCCUCAGUGUCUUCCUACCCCUCUAGUCCAGCUUCUCCCCCUCAGUAAAGAGAUAGGUGCACCCCCCACGGUCCCAUGCAACAUCAGGGUGACCAGCGCCCGCUCUCCCGUUGAAGAUGUGGGAUUUGAUUUCCUAAGUCGUUUGGAUUGUCUUCACAAAAUCAGAAAGUCCCACCGCCAGGAGAAGAGUCUGUGCUGACCAUGUGUUCCAAAGUAGUGGAAAGCGUAUGUGUUCAGUGGUUGGGAACGUUAAUGAAAUUUGGUCUCACUUAUGCGUAUGCUGAAAAACUACGCAUUCAAAAGGGGGAUACCUGAAUGGAAGUGCAUCCUUAGCUCCUGGCUCCUGGGAGCCAAACACGUUCCCCCAGGGAGCUGAGGGAGACGUGUCCAGUUCCCCCUCCCUCGGCUGUGAAAUCCUCCAGCGCCUGCACACAUGACACCGAUUCUAGGAUACUGUAGCCGGAAGUUCCAUCAGGACCCAGAGAGCAAACUGUGGCAGGAGAAGGUACCCAGAUAUCUUUAGUUACUUAGUGGUCACACGGCCUCUUUUAUGAAGAGGAGUGAGAGGUAUGAAGGGGGGAAACCCCUGGAGGGCUUUCAGAGUGGUCCUUCUUCUCCUCUCAUUGGAAAUCAAAAUGGAGAUCACCAUUAUAACACACAUUUAAGGCGUAGCUGUGAAGCCUGCCAAUCAGUUGGAUCAUUGAAGGAAAAAUAAAAUAAAAGUACUAUUUUUUUUUUUUUUUAAAGAAAAUACUAGCUGGGUGUGGUGGUGUAUGCUUUUGAUCCCAACACUUGGGAGGCAGAGGCAAGUGGUUCUCUGAGUUCGAGGUCAGCCUGGUCUACAAAGUGAGUUCCAGGAUAGCCAGGGCUACACAGAGAAGUUCUGUCUCAAAAAACCAAGAGAGAAA